AUGUCCGACGUUGUCGUCCCAUCCUUCUUUCCAACGUCCACUGAAAUUGCUGGUGGAAUUCAAUGGGUUAAACAACAUCCUGUGGUCGUUACGGCCGCUGCGGCUGCCGCAACUGCAGUGAGUGUAUUUACAUACUUGAAAGCUACGACAGAGGAUGAGAUGGAAUUGAAACCAUCAUCCAUUCUAAGCCCUCGAAGUAAACAGAAUGAGACCAAUGAUCGAUGCAGUAGCACCGCGAGUGAUGCGUCGACACCAUCAAGAGAUCGUAUUUUGAGUCCUUGUAACCUCAGUUCUAUUGAAUUAGAUACGGACGUGGAUGUGAAGAUGAAUGAUACAACUAUGGGAAAAAAGGAAGUAGAGGGAGAUAUGAACGAGGGAGAUGGAGGGACUGGAUCCCCACAAUGGGGAUGGUACGUCUCAACAACACCACCCGAGGACUAUUACACGUGA